CCUCACCGCCGGGUGACAGCUGUUUGCAACCGCCGAGUGAGAGCGCUGCGAACGCGCAGCCAGCUUCAGCCGGGUUGCCAGGCAACGGAAGCUUGGCUCACGUCCAACAACGCCUGCCAGCACUCAAGGCAUUUUCUUCAGAGGGGGGUGAGUGGGCAGCGUUCGAACGCCGGUUCGUCUCUCUUAUAGAGACGUCCGGCUGGUCGGAGUAUGAAGCGCUCCAGGGCCUCCCGGCCAUGCUCGACGACGACUCCCUCGCAGCACUCCUUGCUGUGCCACGCGCGAAACGUGCCACGCUCACGGAUGCCCUUCAUCAGAUGCGGCUGAUUUAUGGACCCCCAUCCGAAGCACGUCACCGCUUCGAUGCGAGGAGGAAGAAGGCCUCCGAGUCGGCGAUGGGGUACCGCAGCGCGCUGCUGGCCAUGGCGAAGGUUGCCUACCCUCGCAUGGAUGAAGACGCUGUGGAGUCACUCGUGCUGCAGAAGCUCAUGAGCUUGGCCCGCCAGCUUCGAGUUGCCAUGCCGACAGCCGACGACGACGACGACUUCACGUCGCUACGUGCUGCCAGGUGCAUCCAAGCACACCUACAUUGCGAUGAGGACACGACCAUCGCCGCCUGCGCAGGCCCACCUGAUGCACAAGCCUAUGACGUGCAUUCGGGGCCUCAUCAGGCCUUCGCAGCAACAGAAAAUCGCGGAUCGUCCAACUGGCGAUCCCAGCGAGAUCACCACCAGCGGGACCGGCCAACCUCGCGCCAGGACGGAGCGUCCAUCGUCUGCCACAACUGUGGCCUUCGGGGCCAUGUGGCGUCCGGCUGCCGGGUCCCCCGACGCCGGACUUCAGGACCUCCGGCGCCUCGGCCACCACCUUAUCCUCGGCAUACCCAGGUGCCUUGGGAAUGAAAUCCGCCACGGCCGACCAAGCGGGAACAAGCUUGCCCGCGGGAUCAGCGACCCAGGACACAAGCGCAACAGCGGGUCGUCGGUCCCCUCCCGCCUCCGUCGCGACCGAUGGACCUGCCACUCGGACUCGCUCAAAACUCAAACGAUUUUCAUGACCCCCGCCCACGAACUCUCGUCCCAACGCGACGCCACUCACUUUGCCAUCAUGUAUAGUGGGCGAUUGGGGCGUGCGUUCAUCCUGCAUAUAUGUGUUUAUACAGUGUUGUUCUGCAUCGGUGACCACAGGAGGGGGAGAGGCGCUUUCUUCUCAUUUUUUUUUCUUGAUUGUCACACACUCAUUCUGAUGGUUAACAAAUAAUUUCUUGUACAAUUGUAUUUUUUUUUGACAGCCGGGUCGGCUGGAGGCUACGUAGAGGGGGGUAAUGUAGUGACAUAAGAAGGGAGGGGCUGCUGUAGGCUCUGGGUUCCCAGGUGGGUCCAGACGCGUAAGCCUCUGGGCGCCAGGCACUGG